AUGUCAGAGAAAAUUCCAAGGAUGGAAUGCAACCCAAGGGAAACGCUUGAAGAAAAAAUAAAAUUUUUAGAAAAGAAUAGAGCAGGCGAUAUUCCAAUUCUUCUUUUCGCGGCAAAAGUUGGCGAUGAAGAAGUUUGCGAAUAUCUUGUGCAGGCAGGCCAUUACGGCGGCGUAACCGAAGCUAAAAGCGGUGCCAAUGUCUUUCAUUUUGCUGCUGAGAACGCUGUCCACGGACUGCAAUUGAUCGAAAUAUUUUUAGUAAGCCACGGAGCCGAUGCCCAAAAGAAGAAUUACGAAGAAACUGACGCAGUCACACACGCUUUUAGGAACAAAAACAUCUAUUUUGCGAUGAAACUAUUCAAAUUUUACGAAUACCCGGGCAGCCUCCUGCUUCACUGCAUUUGCGAAGGCCUGGAAUUAUUGAAAUUCGCUUUUGAAAAAGACAAUUCAGUGGUGAAAAAGAAAGGAAGUGAUCGAUUCGACGAGAAACUGCUAAUCGAGGCAGCCAUGUACACGGACCUGCCAACCUUGCAGUGGUUCCUCAGCAUCUGCGGCGAAGAACUGGCCAAGGACGACGGCUGGAAGUUAGAUGCCGUCCUCAAAGCCACGCGGAAUAAGAGACACGGCAGAAGAAUCACCCGCUACCUUCUCAAAUCCUUCAGAUUUACCCUGACAACUGAAAACCUGGCACUAUUACUGGGCGAAUCCCUGAUACAGGGAAACAUCAAGAUGGCGACAACCCUGUUGGACCACGGUGCCGACAUCAAACUUGUGGCUGAUGAACAAGCUCCUCUGCAUUUUUGCGUCGUGGAAAAUUCCUUAGCGGGCGCCAGGUUCGUGCAUGAGAAGGACAGAACGCAGAUGGAUUUGAUGACAGAGGACGGAGAAACGACGCUGCACUUGGCUGCCGAGUUUUCCAGCGUCAGGAUGUGCGAGUGGCUGAUCAAGGAGGGCCAAGACCUCAGCGCCAUCAACCCGAAGAUGGAGUCCACCUUUUUGCACUGCGCCGCUUACAACCACGACCAAGGAGGGAAAAUCAUUCGGCAUUUCGGCCAACGACUGCGUGAAGACCUGAACAGGCGAGACAAAUUGGAAGAAACGCCACUGCAUAAGGCCCUGAAAUCGAGAAACCUGAAAGCGGCAGAGGCGCUAAUCGAGAUGGGCGCCGACCUGGACGUGAAAUUAAAGAUGUGCAACCUGCUGCUCUACUGUUUGGGCAACAAUGUGCUCUCUAGUGCAAAGUUUAUUUACGCUAAGGACGCUAAACAGAUUGAAGGACUGGGCAAGAACAAGGAAACGGGUCUGCAUAUCGCUGAAGAGUAUCAAAACUAUCACAUGUUAGAGUGGUUGCUCAACGUAUAG